AUGUGCGAAGAAGCAGGCGAGAUUGAAAUGCUACUCCGAGGCCAAACGCAUUAUGAUCUUUUUGAGGGUCAGAAAGAGACUCGGUCCCCUGACGAUGGCGAUGUUGUCUCAACGCCAGCAGCUUGGGUUAAGUGGCAGCGUGCCUCCUCAAAGCUUCGCCAAUCCUCACCCCUCCACACAAUGCAGAUUCUUGAUCGAUCUCGGGCUGAUGCCCUCUUUGACGCAUAUAUCUCUUGCUUCCACCCUGUGGUACCACUGACACACAUCCCCACUCUCCAGAAGGACUAUGAAUUGGUCUGGGAUCUGCAACGUUCGGGUGGCGCUCCCAGCACCAUCCAAACAAUGCCACUGAUCCUCGCAGCAUUGUAUGCCGGAGCUGUAGUAUACCACCAUCCGUCGCUCAAAAACACCCGGCCAGAUACUGACAUCGAGCGCGUUGCUACAGAGAUCCACCACGAGGCCAACGCCGCCCUGCACCUUGCACAUUUCCCAAGGGUCCCAACGGUCGCAGGCUUGGCUGCUCACUUGAUUCUUCAGGGCAUGUGGAUGAGGGACGAAGAGCCACUCUCUGCAUCUGGCGAUUUUGGCGUGGCAGUCCGUGUGGCUCAAAUGCUCGGUUUACACAAGGAUCCGUCACGCUUCAAGAUCACUGUGGCACCAAUCCAAGCCGAAAUCCAACGGCGCGUUUGGUGGCAUGUUUUCCACUGCGACGUUCUUGUCGCUGUGGCGUCUGGCCUUCCCCCACUGAUUGAACGGAGCUCUUGGGACACCAUGAUGGUCAGCGAUCUCUACGAAGACAGAUUUGGGACCAUGGAAGGGCUUCAGCACGACCAAGAAUCUCGGGCACGUUACCAGCAAGGUGCAAGUGGUUCAGAUGCAUCGUCACUCGCCUCGCCGCUGGGGAUCUGGUUGCAAGGCAAGUUCCAAGACGCAUUAUUAGUACGCAAGCUGUUGGAUAAAGCUUUCCAUGAGGAUCAAAUGACCAUAGGCGACAUGGUAUCAGCUCGGAAUGAUCUACAGCUGCUGAGACGACAGUUGCGAGCCCGAUCUCAGCUGAUCCCGAUCAACAGCUCUAAUCAUACUUACGAAGACAAUGCCCAGUUCAACAUGUGGGCUAAAGUGCUACUCACCACGCUAGGUGAUAAGAACUGGUGGUUCCUGCACACUCCUCUCCUCCAUCGCUCCAUCACGCAGGCCUGGCAGAGUUUGAUUCCAAACCUUCAACUAUACUGCUGCGCCUUCCUUGAGCAAUACAUCAUCCUCUGCUGCGCCCAGGAUUUCAUUCGCUUCCAUUGGUCCUGGCCGGGCAAUCAUCAACCACUGCACGCUCUGAUGCUAGUGCUGAAGGAGGUUGAACGCAACCCGGCCGGCCCAGAGGUGGAGAUCUCUUGCACGGUCAUCGACCAGAUCAUGGCACUCUGUGCACCAGAAGGCGGGAUAACAGCAAGUGGAAACGGAGCCAUGAUGCAUCGUCCACUCAAUGAAGGAGGUGCUGAAGCAUGGGACCUCAUCCGCCGCUUGCGUGCAAGGGUGUGGACCAAAAUUGGCCGCGACCCUAAUGCCAUCCUGACAAGGGACGACGUGGAAUCGAUUGUGGCGCAAAAGCUGCAAGCCUUCAAAGCUUCUGGUGGCAUACUGGCCCUGCGAACACCUCUUCCAAGUGAGGUGGCAGGCCGAUUUGAGCAGUCUGUGGCCCAGCCUGGCACUUCUUUCCAGCCUGGGACAUCCUUGCUCGCGAGCCCACUACCCGAUGCAGUAAUAGACCACGGUCAGUUCGACCAGUAUACCUUUGGCCUUGGCGGUGGCAGGCCGACUCCGAACAUCAAUUGGGACGACUGGGACCAAGCCUUCAAUACUGGGUACGAUUGA